CUCGGCCCUGCGGCCGUGCUCGUCCUCAUCCCCUCCGCGUCCUCAUCCCCGUCCCCUGCGCGGGUCCCCCUUGCUCCCCCCGGGGGCCGGUGAGCGCCGUCGCGUCCCCGCGGCGAGACCUUCCCGCGCGGUUCCCGCCGCCGGUUCCCUCGUGAGGGCGGAGGGCGCCGGGGGAGCCUGGCCGGGCGCGGGGCGGUGCUGAGUCACUGCCCAGCCCCGGGGGCUCCCGGGGCUGCGGGCGGGAAGGGCUGGGGAGGGAGCUCCGAGCGGUUCAAAAUACAGAAUGAAAAAAUACAGACUAGAAAUGAAACGUGGACGAGUUCCCGUCCCGCGGCCCGUGUGCUGCCCCCGGGGCCGUGGCCAUCCCUGCCCGGGGCCGUGGUUAGCCCGCGGGGGAUGGAGGUGCCCGUGCCUCGGCCCCUCGCACCGCACCCGGGGGCAUUGCAGGGCGGUGGGACUGGGAAACAGCCGAAAAUAAAUGGGAAAAGAAAGCAGUACAUGGUAAUUCCAUCACCUCCUGGCCAUCCCAAUGAUGAAAUCAGAAGCUAAGGAUGGAGAAGAGGAAAGCCUGCAGACAGCAUUCAAAAAGCUGAGAGUUGACACAGCUGGAUGUACCACUUCUCUCUCUGUGGGUGAUGGGACAAGUCCCAGAGCAAUAGUUAGAACAGUGGCAGAUGAAACCAAACCUAAGAAUGUGUGUGCUUCUAAGGAAACCUGGCAUGGGUCUGUGAAGAAGCCCUCGAGAGGAGUUGUGAGAACCCAGCGUCGCAGGCGUUCCAAGUCUCCAAUUCUUCACCCUCCAAAGUUUAUCCACUGCAGCACAAAAUCACAUUCCACAUGCAGCCAGCUGGUGCAGAAGAGCCAGGCCGAUGCCCAGGAGGACAGCAGUGGGUUUGGGAUGUCAGUCCCAAAGGAAGCUUGCGCACAUGAGCGCUGCAGCGUCACUCCGGACGAUGGCCACAAGGGAGCUGAUGAGUCUUUGGGAGUUUCUGUUGCACAGUUAACAUCAGAGAACACACAGGAGACCUCUCCAGCUGCAGCUUCUCCAGCAUCCAAAACAAGCCUAAAGACUACAGAGCUUUCUGACUUCCAGUCUAUGUGCAAGCUGAACACGAGUGAGCCGUGUGCAUGUGCAGACAAAGCCUGUCAGUGCAAACUGUGGCAAGAUAUGGAAGUGUACAAAUUCUCUGGCUUGCAGAACACCCUCCCGCUGGCACCUGAUAGAACGGUUGCUGAGGAUCACUCCCAGCCUUUGCCAUCAAGAACUCCCUCAAGUUCUCCACGCUCUUGCUCUGAGCAAGCCAGGGCCUUUGUGGAUGAUGUGACAAUUGAAGAUCUUUCGGGGUACAUGGAGUAUUUCUUGUAUAUUCCAAAGAAAAUGUCUCACAUGGCAGAAAUGAUGUACACCUGACAGCAAGGAGCACUAGAACCAGAAGGGUGGCUGGUUUAAAUCUGCCCUCAGGCACAUCAUGUGAAUAUGCAACCCACUCCCUGCUCACUGUGCUUGCAAUAAAAACACUUCUUUGCAUCUCA